AUGUUUUCGUUGGAAGAGGCGGACGGUACCCACUCACAGCAAAAACAAUCACAAUCACACUCGCAGUCAUUGUCGUCUCUAAAGCCUUUUAAGCACGACGAAAUGGAAGCAACGUCAAAGGCAACUACUUCCGGAGACACCCCACAGGACGGCGACAGUGUCGAUUCGUACAAAAACAGCAAAAACAAUCGUAGUGAUGGUGGAGCCAACAUCGUUUUCGCGGAUGAAAUCGACGAAAGUAGGAGCAGUCAACAUCAGAUAUGA